AGGCUGACGAGUCCAGGGAACGCUUGUGCGGUCGCAGCUAGUUGCCCACUGGUGACCCGCGACACAAUUCAUAGCGCGACGCUCGUGCCUCCACGAACAGGUGGCUCGGUGCCGAACGAUGCUGAACGUUGUGGUCCAGAGGGUCAUUUGGCAAGAUAAACUUCGAUCGCCGAUUGUCGACUGAUGGUCGCAUGAGGGCACCGCUUCUGCUCCGCGAACGUCGUGCGCUGCGGUGAUAACAGGUUUCUGCAAGAGCAGUACGUACGCGCCGUUGAUUACCUGAGCUGUGUAACGGAAGACAAUCGCCUCGUCCCCCUGUAUGGCGUCGCGCUGUCCCUAUUGCACCUUGCUCUGCACGCUAUACGUGUUCCCAAGCCUCGUGAUGCGCCCAAGGGCGCGUCCCCGCUUUUAGCAUCCGAAGAAAGCAGCACGCGGCAUAAUGCCCUUCAACGUCUCAUACAACGAGCAGGAGGUCCGACCAUACUUGUGCCGAAACUGACGCGUCUUCUUUGCUCCCUGAUCCUCGUUGCCCUAUCCCUCGUGACCGUCGUCCGCCAACACCAUGUUUCGGGCGUAGACAUUUCCUGGAUCCACUGUGUCGAACCUGCAGUAUACGUUUACUCCUUGAUUCUCUCCGCGGCGUACGUCAUGACGCGUAACUCCCGGUUGCUCUCGUUCCACUUGUCUUGGGUCCUGCUGUUCACCCUCGGAGUCUACGUGUUUCGCGACGUCGUUCCCCUGUUCGUAAAGUACCGGAGUCCCGCUGACAGCCCGGAUGGCAUAAUUCUCUGGGUAAAAUUAUUAGUGCUCUUCGAAGCGGCAGUAGCAAUUCCUCUUGUCGCGCCUCGUGUCUACGAACCGCACGAUCCCGAUGAGCCUAUGGAACACCCCAACAAGAACCAAACCGCAUCUGUAUUGUCCUCGAUUCUCUUCAACUGGAUAAAUGAGACGAUAUCGAAGGCAUCUCGCGUCUCCCAUUUCCCCUUGGACGAUCUGCCAGUGCUCGCCGACACGUAUACUACUACGAACCUCAUCAAGGAGAGCUUUCCGCACGUCGACCCAUUCCAACUCGGCAAGGAUGAACACUUGUUCUGGGGGCUUCUACGAGUGUAUCGUCGCAAGUACUUGAUCUACUCAGCACUGGUCUUCAUAUCCUCGAUACUGGCCCUGUCACGCCCGAUUGCCGUGAAAGGCCUCCUUGCGUCGAUCGAGGUGGGCGGACAGAAAUCAGACGUGUACCCCUGGGCAUGGAUUGUCCUCCUGUUCGUCGGUCCAACGCUAGUGACCCUCCAAGAGGAAUGGGCACAGUGGAUGAUGAAUCGGCUAAACAUCCGCAACGAUGCAAUCGUUACGGAACUACUCUUCGAGCACGCGCUGCGCAUUCGCGUCAAGUCCGAAACGUCGCGGAGUGCCGACGAGCCCCAGGAAGGGGGCAAUGCGGGCAACGCGUCGGAAAAGCAGGGCAACCUCGUGGGACGCCUCAACAACCUCGUCGCAAGUGACUUGGAGAAUGUCCGCCAAGGGAACAAGAUGUGGCUGCAGCUCUUUGUGAAGGUACCUAUUUUGAUUGUGGCGAACAUUUCGUUCGUGUAUGGAGUCCUGGGAUACAGUGCUCUCAUCGGGCUGGCCUCCAUCAUUGCACUACUCCCCGUGCCGGGAUACCUGAGCAAACGGAUCCAGAGAUACCAAAUAGAAAAAAUGAACAAGACCGAUUCCCGAGUGCAACUGAUCAGCGAGAUCCUCAACGUCAUCCGGAUGAUCAAGCUUUUCGGCUGGGAACCCCGCGUAGCAGGACAAGUCAAAGCGCGCAGAGAGGCUGAGCUCAAGCUGCUCCGCAAGAGCAGGUUCGUUGAGCUUGUGAAUAACUGCAGCAAUUUCAGCAUCCCAUUGUUCACAAUGGCGAUCACGUUUGGAGCAUAUACGACGUUUCAGCAUGGGGUGUUGACGGCACCCCGGCUUUUCUCGUCCUACACCGCGUUCAUGACGAUCCAGCAACAAUUACACUUGAUCUUCUUCGCAAUACCUGUCGUGACACAAGCCAAAGUCUCAUUGGACCGUCUCAAUGCGUUCCUUCAUGACACUGAGCUCCUCGAUCAAUACGAGGAGAUCAAGCAUGGAACGGUCCACAGAGAGCAAAUUCGCCACCUUCGUGAACCCGACAUUAUUGGUAUCAAGCAGACGGCGUUCAAGUGGGCCAGCGACAGAAAGGCUCAGACUACUGUUACACCUUCCGGAACGAGGCAGCGCGAAUUCGUGCUGAACAUUGACGAGGAACUGCUCUUCAAGCGGGGGCAGAUCAACCUAGUGGUUGGACCGACUGGAUCGGGGAAGACGUCGCUGCUGAUGGCACUUUUGGGCGAGAUGCAUGCGAUCCCUGCUGGACCUGAGUCUUUCGUCGCACUUCCGCGAGCGGGCGGUGUCGCAUAUGCUGCACAGGAGUCUUGGAUACAGAGCGAGACGAUCAGAGAGAAUAUCCUUUUCGGGGCACCUUACGAUGAGAAACGGUACAACAAGGUCAUCAAACAAUGUGCUCUCGAGCGUGACCUUACUCUCUUCGAUGCCGGUGACAAGACGGAGGUGGGCGAAAAGGGCAUUGCACUCAGCGGUGGACAGAAGGCUCGCAUUACGCUGGCUCGUGCCGUAUACUCGUCGGCAGAGAUACUUAUCCUUGACGACGUCCUUGCUGCUCUUGAUGUCCACACCAGUCGCUGGAUCGUGGACAAGUGUUUCAAGGGCGAUCUGAUCCGUGGACGUACCGUCAUUCUAGUCAGUCACAACGUUGCCCUUAUACGUCCUAUUGCGAACUUUCUCGUUGCACUUGGGAGCGAUGGUCGGGUCGUCAGCCAGGGGUCUCUCGAUGAGGCUCUUCAAAAGGACCGCGAAUUGCUUGAAGAGCUCAAGACAGAGGAAGCCCUUCAUCAGGCGGAUACGGAAUUGGAGAGACCCAAUAUCGAUGGCCAUGAUACUAGUGACGGAAAGCUUGUGAUUGCCGAAGAGAUCAGUGAAGGGCGCGUCGGGUGGAACGCUUUCCUGCUGUACACGCGGAAUACUUCAACUCACAACUGGCCGUACUGGACUUUCUACAUCGCCACUCUCUGCAUGACACAUGCUCUGAUCAACGGCGAGUCGUACUUCCUAGGAUACUGGGCAGCUCAGUACGAAGAUCACGAUCCAUCUGAGGUGCCCGUCCCUUUCUACAUGUCAAUAUACUUCGGUAUUAUCACAGCUAUUCUCUUCAUCUACGCUGUCUGUUGGUCAACAUACGUGUAUGGCUCCAUCCGCGCCUCGAGGAAUAUUCACAGCGACCUCGUAGCCACGAUCCUGGGCACUACUCUUAGAUGGCUUGACAUGACGCCUACAUCGCGUAUUGUAGCUCGUUGCACCGCCGACAUCCAAGCAGUCGACACAAACAUCCCUUCCACGCUGCAUUACGUUCUCGAAGGAACCGUGUUCAUGCUUUCGCGGAUAGCCGCCGUCAUGCUCAUCACGCCCAUGUUCAUUCUCCCCGCCUUUGUCGUCUCUGUCAUCGCAGGUUGGGUCAGUCAGAUCUACAUGCGCGCUCAGCUCUCGGUUAAACGUGAGAUGAGCAAUGCGCGUGCGCCCGUCCUAGCUCACUUCGGAUCUGCUAUCGCGGGUAUCAUCUCAGUCCGUGCGUAUGGUGCGCAGGAGACCUUCAAGUCAGAAUCUUGCUUGCGUAUGGAUAGGUAUAACCGCGCUGGCUUCGUUCAAGAUGCGCUCUCUCGCUGGAUCAACAUCCGACUGGACGUUUUAGGCAACUCUCUAUCAACGGUACUUGCCGCAUACUUGGUUUAUGUUGCACAUAUAAGCUCGUCUGGGGCUGGCUUCGCUAUGUCAAUGGCAGUUGGUUUCAGCGGCUUCAUCCUUGCGUGGCUGAGGACGCUCAACGACUUCCAGGUCAUGGGUAACAGCUUGGAGCGGAUCCAACAAUACAUGACCAUCGAGCAGGAACCAAAGUCGUCUAUAACAGGAGUACCGCCUGCGUACUGGCCUGCGAGUGGGGAUUUACGUGUCGAAAAACUAUCAGCGCGGUACUCACCGGAUGGACCACGGGUGCUCCACGAAUUGUCAUUCGAGGUCAAAUCCGGAGAACGUAUUGGUAUUGUUGGUCGUACGGGUAGUGGGAAGAGUUCCCUCACGCUUUCUUUGCUACGGUGCAUACCGACGGAGGGAGCUGUCUACUACGAUGGCCGCCCGACUGACACUCUCAAUUUGGAGGCUCUCCGCUCCCACAUCACCAUCAUUCCCCAGAUGCCCGAACUGCUUAGCAGAACUCUCCGUCAAAACCUGGAUCCUUUCGAGCAGCAUGACGAUGCCACACUCAACGAUGCGCUGCGCUCUGCUGGUCUGUUUUCCUUGCAGGAAGAAGGGGACCAUGGACGCAUCACGCUUGAUGACGACAUUGCCGGAGGAGGCGGUAACUUAUCGGUUGGUCAACGUCAGAUUAUCGCACUGGCUCGGGCCAUCGUGCGAAGGAGCAAACUACUGAUUCUCGAUGAAGCAACAUCUGCCAUCGACUAUGAAACCGACUCCAUUAUUCAGAAGUCUUUGCGGGAAGAACUUGGCCGGGAUGUCACAGUCCUGACUGUUGCUCAUCGUCUACAGAGCAUCAUGGACUCGGACAAAAUCAUGGUGCUGGAUGCGGGAAGAUUAGUGGAGUACGAUGCCCCAAGUGCGCUACUAGAGAGGCAGGAUGGGUACUUCCGGAGUCUGGUAGACGGUAGUAGUGACCGCACCGCGUUGUAUGCAAUGGCUGGAGUAUCUCUGUGACAGGAAG